AAUUAAACUUACUUAUUUAUGGCGGUAUAGCCGGCCUUCUUAUUUCUCAAGUCUCAACCCACCCAUCAACGGAAGUCCCCCUCUCCGUACCUUUCCGCGCCUAAGCGUCCAGUGUCUGUUAAGAUAUGAAGAGUCAUGACGAGAACAUUGCUUCAACAGCAACCGAUUCAGCCAAAACAAUGCUCCAACCUCGCCCUUCUCUGAAAACCCAUCAUCUUUUUAAUAACUAUGGAUCAUGGAAACACAAGUUGAGAGAAAGUUGUUUGAAAAGGGUCAGAGAAGAUAGAAACCACCUGCUUUGGAAAAUGAGAGGGACGCCUUCUUCUCACCAUGUAGAUUUGAAUUCUGAGGGUUUGAGUUUGAUCCCUGCUUUUCAGAAUAUAGUUUCGGAUGAAUUGAAAAAAUUGAAGGACUCUUCAUCAGAUAACAAUAUAAAAAAGUCAACCUCUAAAUGUGACAUGGAUGAUACGUUGUGGGAAUAUGAUGGUCUUCAUGAGGCUUAUCAAGGUGAUUGUGAAGAAAUACUACUAGAGAUGCAAAGAAUCUUUUACGAGGAUCUCAAGGAAGAACCAGUUGGGAAAGAACUGGAAAACUAUGUUGAAGUUUGGGAAGAAGAAGAAGAUGAAUACUUGGCACGUGCAGUUUAUGAGCAUAUGCAACUGAACGAGAAACAGGUGCACGAAACUAUUUGGUGCCCAAUAUGUAAGCAAGGAGAACUGCGAGAGAAUAGUCAUCUUAUAUACUGCACUUUAUGUGAUCUACAGCUGAAGAAAGGCGAGGAGGUUAAUUUGGAGCUACUAAGAGCCAGGCUAGCAGAUGUACAUGCUGAACAUCUUGAUCACGGUUGUAUACUGAGGCCUAGUUUUUGCAUUAUAACCAGGUUUGAUAUAACUGCAUUGUACAUUGUUUGUACGGGGUGCAACACUUUCGAGAUAGUAAUAUAGCCAUUUCCUUUUUAUACGAUGUAUUCUCUCACAUUUUGAUAGGUAUAGAUACAAACUAACUAUUUUCUUCCAAUUAUUCUACUGGUGUCUAUAACCUCAUGGUCACGUAGGUAUCAAAACACAGAAAGCAUUGGACUUAACAUACAAUUGAAAGAGACAUCUGUUUAUUUA